CCAGAGGAGGGCGCUGAUAAACUCAAUGCCAGGUGUUUCAACGCACCGAAGAAGUGAGCUUUCCCAUUGAAACUUGUGUCAUGUAAUUCUAACAUGUCGAAGGUUAUUACUGUUGAAGGGGAGAAAUACAUGACCUGAAUUUGUGUGAAAUGCGGUUUGGCGUCGUUUAGAUGUUGUCUGUUCUGACAGGAAGCCGAGUAGCGAUGAGCGCCCCCUGCGGGUUAAUUUGCACCGCUGCUCGACGCUUCGCCCGGCAGAGUCCUGCUGCUGCGCCGCUGUGCAGGCGGCUGCUGGGCCCCGGAUCCUCAAACAGAAGAAAUAUGUCCUCCAAAAAACAAACGGACCACUUAGAGAGGACGGCGAGCAACUACAGACAGAAUGCACUGUAUCCCGCCCAAGUCUGUGGAAUUGUGACCGAAUCGGAAACAGUAAAAAGACUGAGGAUAGCCGUGCACCCAGACUUCAGCUUCAAAGCAGGACAGUGGGUGGAUUUCUUCAUCCCUGGUGUGGAGAAGGUGGGAGGUUUCUCCAUGUGCUCCAGCCCGGGUCUGUUGCAGAGGGAGGGUGUGGUCGAACUGGCUAUCAAGUACGCGAAACAUCCCCCAGCACACUGGGUCCACACUGUGUGUGCAGUAGGCUCCCGUGUGGCCAUGCGUGUCGGCGGAGACUUCUACUUCGACCCGCUGCCCUCAGGUCCAGCUGUGGAUUUGCUGCUGGUUGCCGGCGGUGUCGGGAUCAAUCCGCUGUACUCUAUUCUGCUGCACACCUCAGAUCUGCUGCAGCUCAACCAGUCCUCUGCUGGUCGGCACUUCAACAUCGGCUCUGCCCACCUCUGCUACAGCGCCAAGAACACUCAGGAGCUGCUCUUCGAGAGCUCCAUCAUUGAGAAAUGUGGGGAGUUUCCCAACAAGUUCACCUGCAACUUUCACGUCACGCAACAGAGGGCAGGAGUCGAGCCGCACCUUCAGCCAUUCGUCAAAAGUGGGAGAAUCACAGCGGAGGAGUUGCAGGCGAACCUGGACCCGCAAAGGACUUUGUGUUACUUAUGCGGACCGCCGCCAAUGAUAGAGGCGAUUUCAAAAACCCUCAUGGACCUCGGCCUCCCAAAGGACAGGAUCCUGUUUGAGAAGUGGUGGUAGGAGAAGUUGUAACUUUUGGUGGUCUUCAAAGGGAGGAAAUGCCUCUCUACACAUUGAAGGUCUAUGACACCAUCCAUGAACUGCGAACUGGAUCAAAUAUAUAUACAUAUAUAUAUAUAUAUCUUUUUUUUUCUGAAUUACAGUCAGGAAAAUAUCUUUGACUUUAAAUGUCAAGAUUCUGUACAGAUUGGUAGCAAAUACUAAUUUAAGUUGAGAGUAAGAUUUGUACGAUUUGCAACAAAAUCCUUGCAAAGUUUAGUUUGGGAAUAUGUUUCAUACUGAAAUGUAUUUUAAAGAUGCACCGGUCACAGAUUUGUGCCCAAUUUCCCAUCUUUGUGUUGAUGCUGUUUUUAACCAAUUCCGAUUUCUGUUAUAGAAAUAUUAAGAGCUCACAACAUUUUUUUUAUAGCCUUCCAGCUGUGUGCAGUCGUCCAUCAGUAUAAUAUUGCAUGAAGAUCUUAUAUUUGAUGCCAAAUAAAACAGCAGCUUUCCUGUUGUGUGCUGGAAUCCGCUCUAGGUCAAUUUGAAAAUGAUCGAACUUGUGUAAAUUGAAUUGUUGUGGGAUUUUCAGAAUUUGCCACCAAGCUUGUUCACUUUGGCUUCACACUUAUUGAAGCCAUUUAUUGAGACCUCAAAACAAAGCAGCAAAAAUGUAAACUUUGUGUUUACGUGCCAAAAAGAAUAACUUCAUUUGCAA